AAUAACUUUAUUGCAUUCAUUUUUGUUAGGAAGAAUAUCCCAUAUCAUUUUACGUCAUACAAGAAUUGUAUAGAAAAUUGAUCCCAUAUGCAGAUAAUGAUUUUGAUAUUGGUAUUAAGUUAAUGGAAAGGCAUGCAAAAAAAUUAGAAAUAGAUAUGUCCAUAGUGAAAAAAGAACUCGAAGCGGAGAACAUAUUAGGUAAUGAAGUAAAUUUAAAAUAUGUUAUUAACAAAGAGUUUAAAAAAGUACAAAUUUCUGAAAUCAAUUUAAAAAAUGCCUUUUUGAAUGGCGAUAAUAAUAAAAACGGCACUGUGACAAUAGAAUAUGCAAAAACUCUUAUUACGACAAACGAAUUGUUUGGAAAUAAAUUAUCUAGUGAAGAUCUAAACAAAGUUCUUGAAAGUUUGAAAAAUGACCAAAAUCAAUGCAAUUACAUAGGUAAAAAACAUAACUUUUUUAAAAGGUAUCAAAAUAUUUAUUAAAAUUGUCAACAAUUG